AGUGUGUGUGUGUAUGUGUGUACGCGCGCGCGUGAGUGCGUGGUCGCGUCUUCCUGGAUCGCGCGUGUAUGCGGGGAUUCCUUUACGGAGAGACUCAGCAGAUACAGGAAAAAUCGGCCGAGAGAAAUCAAGAAAGAGAAAAGGAGAAGGGGCGCACGUUAGUCUCCUGUUAGGGCUGUAAAUUCUUCUUUACUUCCGUUCCGGGGUAACCGUGGUGCGUCGUAACGACCGUAGUGUUAUUUGUGGUGGUGGCGCGUUGUUACCGUUGUGUCGCUGCUACCUCGGUAAGCCGUGGAAGCGGUGGCGACGGUGGCGGUGGUGUUGGCGGUGGAUAUAUAUAUAGUGCUGGAUGAUAGCGGCGGCCCGCGGAGGCGGCGAAACUGGAGCAGCCGGUGGCGAUCGUCGGUGCAGCGGAGGUGCUAUCAUGUGCACGCGGCGGAUUCUCGGACUGGCGGUCGUGGCCCUGUUGACUUUCGGCGGUCCAGCACGCGCGUAUACCAACCAGUGGGCCGCACACGUCGACGGAGGAGAAGAGGUGGCCAAGCGGGUCGCCGAGGACUACGAUUUUCGCUAUUUGGGCAAGAUAAACGAUGAUUGGUUCCACAUGGAGCAUCGAUCCGUGCCGAAGAGAUCGACAGAGCCGCAUCUCGAAGUGCAUCAGAGGCUAAUGAAAGACUACAGAGUACAUCGAGCGGAGCAGCAGCGAGUGAAAUCGCGUACCAAAAGAGAUCUUAUAAUCAAACGUCCGUCCAAUAUACUAUCCAUACUAAAUGACGAAAGGUGGCCUCAAAUGUGGUAUCUGAAUAGAGGAAAGGGACUGGACAUGAACGUGCAGGGUGCUUGGGCCGAGGGAAUUACUGGGAAUGGCGUUGUAGUCACAAUUCUCGACGAUGGAUUAGAGAAAGAUCACCCAGAUCUUUUUAAAAAUUAUGAUCCGCAAGCGAGUUACGACGUCAACAGUCACGACGAGGACCCGAUGCCAAGGUACGACUUGGUAGAUAGCAAUCGACACGGCACCAGAUGCGCCGGAGAGGUCGCAGCCACUGCCAACAAUUCUCUCUGUGCCGUAGGUGUUGCUUUUGGAGCUGGCGUGGGUGGUGUUCGAAUGUUAGACGGCGACGUGACGGAUGCCGUUGAAGCAAGAUCCUUGAGCCUAAAUCCUCAACACAUCGAUAUUUAUAGCGCGUCAUGGGGACCGGAUGACGACGGCAAAACUGUGGAUGGUCCCGGUGAACUUGCCACCAGAGCUUUUAUCGAGGGAAUUACCAAAGGUCGCAGUGGUAAGGGCUCGAUCUUCGUGUGGGCAUCCGGGAACGGUGGUCGAGAUCAUGACAAUUGCAACUGUGACGGCUACACCAACAGCAUUUGGACUUUGUCCAUCAGCAGCGCGACCGAGAACGGCCUUGUGCCCUGGUACAGCGAGGCGUGCUCGUCCACUCUCGCUACCACUUACAGUUCGGGCUCUACUGGCGAGAAACAGGUCGUCACUACGGAUUUGCAUCAUCAUUGUACGAGCAGCCACACGGGCACGUCCGCGUCGGCACCAUUGGCGGCCGGUAUUUGCGCCCUCGCCUUAGAAGCGAACAGAGAUCUCACUUGGAGGGAUAUGCAACACAUUGUGGUCAGGACUGCCAAACCUGCGAACCUGCAGGCACCUGAUUGGGUGGUUAACGGUGUCGGUAGAAACGUGAGCCAUAGCUUCGGUUACGGGUUGAUGGACGCUACUGCCAUGGUACGCUUAGCGAGAAGAUGGAGAACUGUUCCAGAGCAACACAAAUGCGAAGUAUCAGCGCCACACACAGGCAGGACAAUUCCGCCAAAGAGCCAAUUGGUUCUCGACUUACAUGUCAAGGAGUGCAGCGGUGUUAAUUUCCUCGAGCACGUUCAGGCAAAAGUAUCGCUGAUGGCAGCAAGACGAGGGGAUCUUCAGAUACAGCUAACAUCUCCUCAGGGCACGAAGAGCACUCUUCUCGCCAAGAGACCGCACGACGUUUCGAAGGCCGGCUUCAGCCAAUGGCCAUUCAUGUCGGUGCACACAUGGGGAGAAAGACCGCAUGGAACCUGGAAAUUAGAAAUUCACAAUGAGGGUCGAUAUCUCGGACGCGCUACUCUUCACGAAUGGGCACUGAUCUUCUACGGUACUGCGACGCUGCCCGAUCGGACCGAGUACGCUCUUUACAAUCCGGCUGGCAUGAGCAUGCCCAGACGGCCGUUGGUGAAACCGCGCGAGACCGCUUUCUCGAAGAACCAAAACGUCCCGACGAAGGGCAAGCAGGCGCAGCACAAGUCUGACAAAUCCGGCAGCCUGAGCCCGCCUUUCGUGGUGAACGCGCAGAUUCAGUCUCAGAGGAAGGGCAAGGCUCGUGGUCAGCAUAAGAACGGCAAGUCGGCCAAUCGACCAAGCCCCAAGCCCACCGCUCAGACCUCGCGAGGCCUCAACAGAGGGCCUAAUAACGUGAUCGGGGACGUGCGUUUGAUCACGUCGAGGCCGCGCGGUAGAAGUACACCGAGCCCGAUUACCAGCACGGUGACUCAAGUCAUCGCGACAACGAAAACACAGACCGCGACGACGAAUAGGCACAAGAUCGUCGAUCUGGCGACUGCCUCGCCCCUUCAAAGAGGUCUGAUCUUGUUGGAGCCGCCGGCGAAAGCGGCCACGAACAAGGUCCCGGCGGUAUUUCAGCAGUACCCCAAGAUUCAGCAACUAUAUCCAGUUUAUGGCGGAGCUCGAGGAGUUGGUCAACAACACGCUACCAGGGCCAAAGGACUUGAUUUGUUGCAGGACGAGCAGUUCGAUCCGAGGAACCUGCAACUGGACAAGGAUACACUAGAGGAGUGGAAGAUGGUGUUCUUCGGCACAGAGACGUCGGUGGAGGUGGACGACGAGCUGGACAGGGACAAGCCGUUGCCGCCGGUGGUUCAUCAGGACGUGAUCCAGAACAAUGCAGCCCCGGACAAUGUCCGGCACAAUGCCGUGGACACUGAGGGCGAUCCGUGGACAGGCAGCCAGCAGGUGGAGCGGGUCUCCCAUCCGGAGGUGCAGAAGCCUACGACGGAGAACCAGACGAGCGGCUGCGCUGCCCUCGAGCCUGGGGGCAGCAGGUGCCUAGUGUGCAAACCGGAUUGGUACCACAGUAACGGCAGCUGCUUGCGACAGUGCCCGUCCGGGACUUACGCGGUCCGGGAUGACGACGAAUCCGGUGUAUUCUGCAUCACAUGCCAUUAUUCGUGCCUGUCGUGCAAAGGACCUAGCGACGCUGACUGCAUCACUUGCCAUGUGGAUUCCGUAUUUACAUGGAGCAACGGAAGGACACUGUGUGUGCUGAGCGGCCUUGUCUGGAAGAUGCAGUCCACGGAAUGGUUCUACAGGAUGACCCUAGUGUUCGUGAUCAACUUGGGCCUCAUGAUUGUCAUCAUCAUUUAUCUCGUGCUCGCCUGGUGCAUCCGCAAACGCAAAUCCGCCUACAAGUACAGCAAGGUGUCUUAUUCUGGUAACGGCAAGGUUCAUGCGGACACAGAGCGAUUGCAGAGCGGAAACAUUUGUGUCUCUGACAGCGAAUAAGUCUAUCAAUGAUAAUGAAAAGUAUUUUCGAAAGAAAGCUGUAACAUGCCUGACAAUAUUCUGAGGAUUUUUUAGAAAUAUAUUAAGAAUCUUCUGAAAAUAGUAUUUUCCGUUUGAGAAUAUUAUUGAAAAUAUAUGUAUAUAUUUUAUAAAUUUUUUAAAAUGCUUUGUGCGAAUAAAAAAAUUCGAGAAUGAUCUGAAAAUAUUUUUUAGAAAUGUGUUUUGUGAGAAUAUGUCGUGAUAUGCCUUGAAAAAGCGUCUGGUAAUUUCGUAAAACUGCCAAAACAUAAAAGUUUUAUAGAACAUACGGCUGCGAUAAAGGUCUCUUCUACAAUCAAUUAUGCGAUUUAUAUAUAUGCUAAAUAUAACUAAUUUUACAAUUCAAAAAAUCUAAAUGCAAAGUUAAAAGAAAUAUAUAGAAAAUUUUUCCCCAACCUUUUAUUUAAUUAAAAAUGCUUUUGUGUUUUUUAUAAUUGUAUGUACAAAUUCAGUCUCAAUUUAUCAUCAAGUUUAGAAGUUAUAUUACGCUUUUGCAAGUGUAGGAAUGCUCCUUUGUCGUAACACUUUGUAAGAGACGUCUGGAACGUAAAGCGUUAAUGGUGCCGAUAGUUUCCUUUGAAGCAAUCGCUUCGUUGCGAUGCCAGUAUUGUAGCAGUGGUUUGCGAUGGUGGACCGUUUUUCGAUCGCUAUUGGACUAAUGCGGAGUAAUGUCUCUUGAAGCCAGUGAGCGAUUUUAUGCGAUCUCGUAAGUCUUAAAUACCUGUGCAGACAUCUAUUGUACGAUUAAGAUUAAGAAGUGACUAUUUUGGAUCGUGGUCUAUCCAUCACGAUCAUAAGUAAUUUUAUUAUUAGACACUAAAUUAAUCGCGAAUAUUAUAAGUAAUUUAUAUAUUAAAAGAUUAAUUUAAAAAAUUUUAAUAAAUUGAAAGCUUACGUCUGUUAAAAAAAUAAUAAAAUAAGAAGAAAUACAACAUUCCUAAAUAUUCGAACACGGAAAAACAGAAUAACAUUUCAUUUAUUACAUAUAAAUUUGCAAAUCAUCGAGUUUCUAGGUUGAUGAGCAAUGCAACGCGAUCUAAUCAACAAGUUACCACGCUAUCGUGUUAUGCAUAUGUUAAUGCGUCAUGCACUAUUCCGGAACAUCAAUAAGAUUUAUUAAUUAAACAUUUAUUAAUCAAAAGCCGCGACAUUAACGUAAUGAUUUCAUUAUUUAAGUAAAAUUAAGAAUAUUUUUUUGUAAGCAAUUUACCUCAGUAAUGUGAUACAUAGUAUGAAUUAUAUAUAAAUCAUAACUACUAUCGCUUGCAGUAAUUAUCCAUAAUUGUUACCAACAAUCACGAUGUACAUUGUUCUUGUUAACAUUGACAACUUAAUAAAGUAAUGAAAAAUAAUAAUGGGAA